CUUCUUUCUCCCUCAAUUUAUCCGCUCUAGUCUCGUUCUAAGUAUGCUCUGUGGUUGCGGCUAAGUCCGAUCUUCCACAUCAGAAAGAAUUACUAGAGUUUGACCCUAAAGCCCCCGUCCCGCCAAGUUCCCGUCCCUUACAAACCUAAAAUCGUCGAACCUCUGUCCGGCCUACGCCAAAAAAUGGACGAAGAGGCUCUUCGUGUAGGUUUUUGGUUUAUGAAUUUUUUUUAAUUGAAACAAUUUGAUUUUUUGUUUUUUUUUUAUCAAAACAAUCUCUGAUUUCAUUACUUUUUUAUAGAUGGGUGCCGAGAUAUACGAUCCUCGAUUGUAUAUCCAUUAUGGCCCAAGGGAUGCGAGUCUCUUAACCGAUCAAGAAGCUCAUCGCUCUCGUGCUAUUUGGGAUAACUAUCCGGAAUCGCUUGUUCCCGUGGUUCAUAAAGGGACCAAUAACUUGCCCGCUUGGCAUCCAAGGUUGGAGCCCUACAUAGCGAGGACCGGUUUGGGAAUGUUGCGCCAUUUCUUGCGGAUCGAGAUCGACAACGAUCUGCUUACGGCAAUGGCGGAACGAUGGCGUCCCGAAACCCAUACAUUCCACCUUCCGGAGGGGGAAAUGACGAUCACCCUCAAAGACGUGGCGAUCCUCACCGGGCUUCCUAUUUCUGGAGAUGCAGUCAUUGGUUCCACGACCAAACCCGAAGGAGGUUGGGGGCCGCUCAUACGUGAUCGUUUGGGCUUCGACAUGCCGACCACCACACCAAUUCAAGGACGGGGGCAUCCACCGUUGAAUGCGGGGCAAGUGUCGGUCCCGUGGCUGGUAUCUCACAUCCAGCAAGAGGUGGAAAUCAAUGACGAGACACCGGAAGAACAAGUCGAGCGCUACGCCCGCAUCUACCUCAUCGGUUUGGUGGGUGGAUUUUUGUUCCCCGACAAGUCCAACCGGUGGAUUCAAGGCAUAUGGUUGCCAUUGCUCACUGGUGACUGGGAUGCAAUUGGAGAGAAGAGUUGGGGAUCGGCCGUGCUAGCGGGCGUAUACCGGGAGCUGUGUACUUGCUCGAAGGUUGGGGCAAAGCAAGCUGGUGCUGCGAUGUUCAUCCUGCAACUGUGGGUAUGGGAGCAUCUACCGAUGUUCGCACCUGCCGACCCACGUCCAUACCGGAGAAACGAUGAUGAACUCAACUUUCUGCAAAAUCUCCCCUACGGUGUCAAGUGGAUAGGAGCAAAUACGAAUGACCAUCAACCUGAGCAUUCGUUAUUGUUUUAUCGUUCUGAGUUAGAUAAACCAUGG